ACUUCUCUGACGGCACCGUUAUAAGGGAAGUUUGACAAGUUCGACUCAGUUUUCCUACUGAUGCCAAACUUGGAUUUUAACUUUGCCAAGUGGCGGGGAACGGGCCACCUUUUUUGUCUCUGUAACUUUCCAGCUAAUACUCCCUGAACAUGGGUGACUGGAGUGCUCUGGGUCGUCUGCUGGACAAAGUUCAGGCCUACUCUACUGCUGGUGGGAAGGUCUGGCUGUCGGUGCUCUUCAUAUUCAGGAUCCUGGUGCUCGGUACUGCAGUCGAAUCGGCCUGGGGAGAUGAGCAGUCAGCCUUCAAGUGUAACACCCAGCAGCCUGGGUGUGAAAAUGUCUGUUACGAUAAAUCCUUCCCCAUUUCCCACGUUCGCUUCUGGGUUCUCCAAAUUAUUUUUGUGUCGACACCUACACUUCUCUACCUGGCUCAUGUCUUCUAUCUGAACAGGAAAGAGCAGAAACUCAACAAGAAAGAAGAGGACCUCAAGGCUGUGCAAAAUGACGGAGGUGACGUUGACAUACCUUUAAAGAAAAUCGAGAUGAAAAAGCUGAAGUAUGGUAUUGAGGAACAUGGCAAAGUCAAGAUGAAAGGAGCCCUCCUUAGAACCUAUAUAGUGAGCAUUUUUUUCAAGUCUAUGUUUGAAGUGGGCUUCCUGGUUAUUCAGUGGUACAUAUAUGGGUUCAGUCUGAGUGCAGUCUACACCUGUGAGAGGAACCCAUGUCCACACCGAGUGGACUGUUUUUUGUCUCGUCCCACAGAGAAGACCGUGUUCAUUAUUUUCAUGUUGGUGGUCUCACUGGUGUCAUUGCUGCUCAAUGUCAUUGAACUUUUCUAUGUGUUCUUUAAGAGGAUCAAAGAUCGUGUAAAAGGCAAACAACAACCCACACUCUACCCCAGCGGAGGCACCUUAAGCCCUACCCCUAAAGAACUCUCUACUACAAAGUAUGCCUACUAUAAUGGCUGCUCAUCCCCAACUGCCCCACUCUCACCAAUGUCCCCCCCUGGCUACAAGCUUGCCACAGGGGAGCGGGGAACUGGCUCGUGCCGUAAUUAUAAUAAGCAGGCCAACGAGCAGAACUGGGCUAACUACUCUACAGAACAGAACCGUCUUGGACAGAAUGGUGGAGGAAGCACUAUUUCAAACUCACACGCACAAGCCUUUGAUUUCCCCGAUGAUACCCACGAGCAUAAGAAACUGUCUUCCUCAGCAGGACAUGAGCUGCAGCCGCUAGCGUUGAUGGAUGCCAGGCCUUGUAGCAGGGCCAGCAGCAGAAUGAGCAGCCGAGCCAGGCCAGAUGACCUGGAUGUUUAAAACACGGUUUCUCCUCUUUCCACCUCUCUCUGGCUGACAGAAUUUCUGGUUGAAGCCAGAAACAUCAGGAAACACUUUAUCACAUAGGUUUAUUUGAGAGGUGCGACUAAUCUCAAUCACCGUCUUCAAUAUAGAGACUUUUAGUCAGUUCAAGAAACAUUAAAACCAUUAUGUAAUAAUAUCAAAGGUACAAGUAUUUUCUGACUGAGUUUUACUUUUUAGUGCUUUUAACCCAGCCUCAAGAGAAUAUUGUAGCCACACGAAUUGGGAUUGAAAGAGUCUAACACAACCAACAUUAAUAAUCUGUUCAAGAACACAGCCCCAUAAGUUGACAGCUUUGGUUUUAAUUUACUGAUAUUACAUAAAAGAUUUACUGUUUUUGUUUCUUUCAAUGUUCCUCAUGUUUUUCCAGUUGAUGAUGUCCUUUUUCAUGAAAUACGAUGGCAUGAAGCAUUAGUAGCUUUGCAGCGUUUUAUGUUUUGUAAAGUGGCUACUACCCACUCAGUUUCAUUUAUGUUUAGUCGAGAUCAGUGAACACUGUAUUUGUCUGAUAAACGACAGCGAGCUACAAAUCUUCAUACCUGUGCAUCUAAAUUUCCUAAUGUGGUCAAGUGAUAUAAAUGUCAUGCGAUAGAGAAUUUGGGAUAACAAGAACACACUGUUUAAAAUUGAGUUUUGUAGUGCAGUUAUGAAGUGUGGUAUCACAGCCAAUGAGUGCAGUUUGGUUCAGUUUCUUUACUUUCAUUCUCAUUUUCAUUCACCCAAAGAUGUGUUGAUUUCUUCUAAUUUGUCAGUUGCCCUAGUCACAACACAAAGUUAUUGUUCAAUGCUGUUGUAUAAAUAACUUGGUUAAUUCUUUGACAGUGACUAACAGUAAAGGGUUUAUAUGUUUUGUAAAUUAAUAUUUAUUGCCAGACAUCUUUAGGACAACUACCACUAAGACAAAGAAAAUUGACUACUACUCAGUAAAGCAAAAAAGCCCCCCACAAACUGUUUAUUGCCGUUUAUUAUCAGGUAAUAUGUCAGGUAAUAUUGUUUAUUAUCUGAUAAACUUUGAAUUUGUGUAGUGUAAGGUUUUAGUGCUUUUAUCAUGUUUUGGAGUGUGCACAGGGGUGGCAGGGAUGAUGGUAGCAAGCUGCUGUCACUCAGCGAAAUAUGUUUGUUCUAUUAAGAAAGGCUUUAUUACUGUCAGUCAUUUGCUGAAAUGUGUUCUUUUUUUUUUUACCUAUUGUGAGAAACAAAGACACUCGAAUGAUUUUCUGCAUUUUACAUAUUAGAUUUUUUUUGUUUUUCAAACUUAGUGUAGUUCAAUUUAAUUUGCUGCUUAAGAAGUAGAUAUUUAGUAAUGUAAAUCAAGCUAACUGUGUCGCAAUCAAAAUGUGAGUUUGUAGAAGACUGCUUAUAGAUGCGGACUAAUAUUUAGUCAUUUCUAAUAAAGAUAUGCCAGUGUAGCUCCACAACUACCAAACACUAAGAUAAAUCUCAAUUUGAAUGUCUUUUAUUGCGGUUUUGCUUCAAUUGCCAGUUGGUCAUUGUUUUGGAGUAUUUGCAUAUGUAACUGAUAUUUUGGCUACAAUAGGAGUUGCACUGAGACAUGGGUGAUUGAGAAGCAUUAUGAUACACAUAGUAUGUGGUUUUCUGAUGACAUGAUGAACAUGUUACUAAUUUAUUUUAUAACACAGACAUUAUUAUAAUCAAUAACAUCAGACUUUUAAUCACCAAAUAUCUCGGUGAGGUACAGUAAUGUUGUUCACUGACAGAAGAGAAGCAAUAAUUACUUCUUGCAAGUAUUCAGACAAUGCUCAUGUGUGGGGUCCACUGCUGUAAAGUGUAAGUAUAUGAUGGUAAAAUAAAGGUUUUUAAAUACUUCUUUAACCAAUAAACAUUUUUCUUUCUUAAGCAGUGAUUGAUUUUAUUUAAUAUGUGGCCAUUAUUAGUCAUUGCUGUUGUUAGAACUAAACACCUGCCAAUAAAGAACUGUUAAUGUACA